GCUGAACCGUUUGAAAUCACGUGUUCCAAAAUAACAGAAUGCGCGAAACCCUAAAAUUGAGAUCUCUCUCCUCCAGCAGCAGCUUCUCUCUCCUACAACAGCUUCUCUCUCCUCCAACAGCUUCUCUCUCUUCGAGCUUCAACAAUGGAGGACGAUUUAAUCGAUUUGAAUAUCGAUUUAAAUCGCGCAAUAGAAGAAAAAUUGUAUAAUUAUGACGAAAACUUAGAGAAUCAUAGAGAAGUAUAUGAUGUUGAAGAUGAAGAUGAAGGCACAUCUCAGCAAGUUAUGGUUGCAAAUCAAUGUAUUGAAGAAGGUUCAAUAAUACAUUCAAAUUAUACAAACCACAACAUCUUUGAAAAUCCAAAUAAUGAGCAGGAAGAAAACAUUGAUAAAGAAUUAGAUGGCAGUUUAAUUGGAGAAGCAAGGAAAACAACCGAUGAGAUUUAUGAUCUAUAUUGCAAACAUGCUGCUAUUAUUGGUUUUAGUGUACGAAAAGGGAAGAAUAGAUAUAAAGAAGGAACCACAAUUGUUAAUGGAAAAUACUUCUACUGCUCUGCUGCUGGAAUAAGAGACCCUCCUAAAAACAAAGAACUCAAAAAUGAAGAUGAUCAAUCAGAUGCAAAAAAGAAAGAAAGGAGAAAGAGGGUUAUGAUAACAAGAACAAAAUGUGAAGCUCAAAUAUUUGCAAAGAAGAAUGAAAAUGGAGAUUUUGAAAUAGAAAAGCAUGUAGUGGUACAUAAUCACCCAUUGACAAGAGAAAUAAGUAAUUAUAUCCACCGAUCGGAACGACAAAUGACAGAACCUAAAAAAGAAGCUAUUGAGGCAAUGUCAGAAUGUGGUCUAAGACCAAUGGAGUCUUAUAAGUAUAUGUCAACAGAAACUGGCGGAGACGACUGUGUAGGUCAUACGAUGAUUGAUCAUCUAAACUACUGCUACAAGUUAAAAAUGAAGCAAAUUGAUGGCAAGGAUUCACAAACACUAAUGACCAAACUGUAUGACAUACAAUCAAUAGAUCCCGAGUUCUUUUUCAGAGUAAGACUCAAUGCUGAAGGAAAAGUUGAGUGCCUAUUUUGGAGGGAUUCUAUGAUGAGAGAAGAUUACAAAAUAUAUGGAGAUGUUCUAGUUUUUGAUACUACAUUCAGAACCAAUAAGUACAAUCUCAUAUGUGCUCCAUUUGUUGGUAUCAAUAACCAUUGGAAAAACACAAUGUUUGCUUGUGCUUUCAUUGGGGAUGAAACCACAGAAUCUUUCGUUUGGGUGUUUGACUUUUCUGAAGGCUAUGGGAGGAAAGCACCCUAUAUCAAUUUUCACUGAUCAAGAUGCAGCUAUUGCUGCUGGAAUAGAACAGGUUUUUCCUUCUUCAAGACACAGGUUAUGCUUGUGGCACUUGAGUAAAAAUGCAAACAGUAGGUUUGGUUUAUUGAAGUCUGAUAAAAACUUCAAAAACGCAUUCUACAAGUGUUUAAGUGGGUGUAUAACACCAA